UUGUGUGCUUUCUUGCUGUCAAAGACCGUUUUUUCUGCAGAGGAGACCCGGGAGAAUGUUCUCCUCGUCUCCCUGGUGUCAGUUCUUUUGACUGUAAUGUCUAGUUGCUCGUGCUCAGCACAACAGAGAUGUCAGCGCAAGUGUCACCGUUUAGUCUUUGAUUUGAACUGCCUUUGAGAGCGAGGCGCUACGACUACUGGCGUUGGCAAUUAUUUGAGAUUGUUGACGUGGGAGGCGAUCUCAACUAUUUACUUCUCAAGCUCUCACAGACUCACGUCCGAUUGCGUUCCCAUGAUGCGAAGGCGUGUAUUACCGCUGUCUUUGUUGGAUGGCUGCAGUGUAUUCUUGUUGAUCGGUUACCGUUACCUAGCGUGUACGUACAGACCACGCCGCUAGAUACAGGUGCUGUGCGCUAGUACUGUACAAGUGGUGGAGAAGACUGCCUCCCAACUCGAAGUGAUCAUUACAGACGUGUGCACUCUCCGGAUUAUGGUCAGCAAGCUGCGAUGUUUGCUGCGUUGACCUGCCUUUCGCUCUGACGCCUGGAGAGUAGCGAUAUUUGCACCCUAUUCGAGGCGGCAAUCAGCGGCCGGCCAGGAUCUAGUGUUAGGCACGUCAUAGUGUCGGAGACAACACUGCCAUGCCACCGAGAAAGAAGUCUGCAGGCAAGAAGAGCGGCAGUGCCAAGGGGACCCGCAAAGCGUUCGCCAAGAAAUCCUCGGCCACUAAGGUAACUGCUGAAAUCGGUGAUGGAACGCUAGAAGGACAGAGGCUGCAGCAAGAAUUCUUGAAGAAGGCCAAUGAGUGGAUAUUCAAGAACACCAGUCGUGCACUGGAUCUCUUCCGAUCGUUUGAUGAGAACGGCGAUGGAGUACUAUCGCAUGAUGAGUUCCGUAAAGGCAUGACACGACUGAAAGCACCGUUUACGGAAGCGGAGGUGGAGGCGGUCAUCAAACUGAUCGAUAUCGACGGGAGCGGAGACCUGGACUUUGAUGAGUUCAAGAAUGGAAUUCGCUAUCGUCACCCGAAGCCGACGGCCGCCAAGGGUGACGGCCUGCCACCGUUGACUCUACUGCGCGAUCCCAUGCAGCUGUGUCCUCACUGUGGUCUGGGCCUGUGGAAUCCAUACACACCCAGCCAUCCACGUUAUUUACACGUGAACUUGAAGUUGAUGGAGUUUCGCGAGCGACCCGAUCAUCCGUGUCAUCUAGUGCUGAGUGCCUGCUCGUCCACAACCAUAUACGCACUGGCUCGGCGCGUCCACGAAGAGCACGGUGGCACCACGUCUUCCUUAUCCAUAUACAGGUAUAUCUCGCCGGAAGACCGUGACAAAGACUGGGACGACAGCGAACCGCUGGACGAGGCACUGACGCUGGAGGACUGCGGCUACGAGGGUGGGUCGCGCAUCCGUCCCAAGUCCAUAACGCUGUGCUACGACUUCCUGCCGGUCCUGUGCAGGUGUCCGCUGCUCAACGCCGGCCAGGUCGGCAGCAGUGGAACCAGGAGCUCGCAGGCGCGGAAGUGGGGCACAGGGUUACUAUAGCAACCGUGGGAGUGCACAGGCACGAACGUGUGGCACAUGGUUACUAUAGCAACCAACCCAGCAUUACUGUGCAGAGCUGUAAUGACUAUAUGCCACUAGAGUUGAAGACUAGUACAACUCUUGCUUUGGACAGUGUUCUCCGCUAUAACAGUUACUAUGGCCAGUGCCAGUGGGUGCCAUGCGUAUUGCUUGCAGUGUAGCAGUAACAGUUUGCAGUGGUAGGUCUCGAACGCAGUUACGCAGCAAACGCGCACUUCUCGAAUAGGGUAUUGUCCGCUACCUGUCCGCGAUAUGUCCGCAGAUCGAGUGGGUCAUGGUUAUGCGCGUCAGCACGCCAAUCAGUACAGUACUGGCAGUACGUGCAGUCACCUGCGUGUGUGUCGGUCUUGUUGUGGUCUUUCUAACACCACUGUACGAGACACCAACCUGAAACUGAGGCAUAUGUGCCCGUUCACUGCAUCAUCGGUGCGAUUUUUUCCCCAACUGAUCCAAGUCUUCUAGUUUUUUUAGGACAACUCGUACUAUUAUCAUCUGCUUCUUCUCUGUCUUCUGUGUCCCUGUGUCUUAUCGCGUUCAGUCCCUAUUGUGAUGCCGUUUGGUUUGGUUUGAUUUGCGAUGUGUUUUAAAGUAGACAGAUGGUUGUUUCCCCACUUGUCGAGUUUGAGAUCAGUGGCCUUGCGCAUUUUGAAAAAUGAUGUCUGUUAAUUUAUUUUUAAUUUCCGAAGAGAUUUGUGGCAUUUCCUCACUUUUUAGAGGGCCCAGGGCCUCAGUGUGUGCUGUGGAAUUUGUAAUUUUCAUGUGUAUUAAAGUAGAAUUGUGUGGCGACAAUCUGUGAUAUGUCGCGGUGCUUCGUGUUUUCAUGUCGAUUUUAGAAAUUAUCACGUCGUUUUACUUUUGAAGCUGGCUCUCAAAGUGGAAAGUCACUUCUAUUUUUUGCUUGAGUUAUUCGUGAGGUCUUGAUUGGAACAUUCAUUCAACAAAUCAUUCACCUAUAGUAUUUUUUAAUUCAAUAUUAUUAUGAGUGAUGUUUUGGCUAAAGAUUUUCCCGAAUUGAAGUACUAGUAUAUUUAUAAUAUCCCCUCCUUGUCAUCAAACUUCAAAGUUUCAUAUUCUCAAUCUAUAUAGUAUAAUUAUUGUCAGUGUUGGGUGGUAUAGCUCACCAGGCAACCCAUCCUGGGUCAAUAAUGUACGAGUUUAGGGGGUUCAACCCCCGUUGUGUGAUGUACUAGGGGCAGUGUACUGAGAACUUCAUGUACAUAAGCACGGUGUGAUGCAGAUCCAUUGUGAUGACAA